AUGGAGUUACCUGGGGGCAUGUUUGAGUAUGGAGGUAUACUCGAAGAGUCCCAGAAAUUUGCUUACUGGAGUUUCCUACGUGAUCGACGGGAAUUCUCUGUACUGGCGGUUGAGAAGAUGAAAACUUGUAGUACAGGCGAGGAAAGAGAGAAACUGAAGCAAGCUAGUAGUACUAGUGCAACAUCACCUUCAGCUGCAGCU